AUGCCCGUCUACAAAAUCCACGGUUUCCCCUGGCCUCGCGGCGGCAUCCCCAGUGUUCGCGUCUUCAUCGUACUCGAAAACCUUGACGACGCAGCAGCAGAAUACAUCCAGCAAAAGAAAACAUCCGACCUAAUUCUUGGAGCAAUCCGGAAGAACCACCCAGAUGCCGUGAAACAUCUUCCGAAUUUGCAAUUGAUUGAGCAAUAUGAUCCGUUAGAUAUGACUGAUGCGGCUGUCAGUCAACCGUACGCUUUUGUCGCGGAUAAUGUGACCGUUCUCCCGGAUACAGCGAGGCCGGUUCAGGGUUUGAGUAUGAAUAUAGAUCAGCGGCCUUUGGAUGAUGUGAUUUUGUCUGAUGCGCAUACCGCGCUGGCCGAGAUUCGGGAUGCGAUUGCUCCUGGUCAGAAGAUUGGGUGGUGGAUUGUGUAUAAUGGUGAUCCGGAGAGAUAUUAUCCUGGUAUGGAGGAUGAUUUGAUGGAGGAUGAAGAUGACGAUAUUAACUAUCAGAGCCGUGAGACGGGGCCGUCGUCUGUGGCUACCUCGGCGCCUGUCAAGGUCCCUGAGAUUCCGGCGGAUACUUCGCCAGCUCCUGGUUUGAAGAAGAAAAGAUCAUUCUGGCGACGAAAAUGA